GGUAGUAAAAAAAAGUUUUGGGCCUCUACACAGGGAGGCUAACCGUUGGUCCGUCGUCUCCGCUCCUGCCGACACCGGCACACCGCCGCCUCCAUGAGGCACAACACCGCUCGCAGUGACUCGAUCCCUGCCGCCGCAGCCUGCUGAUUGCCCGCAGGCCAUCGCCCUGCCCGAUCCUGUCUCCCUGAUCCCUCCACCGGUGCGAUGCCCUCUGCCCUCGGCAGACGGCAGCUCAUCUCGAGUGCUCCCUUCUCGCCCACCACGGCCGUGCUCGCGUAGCCCGGCCGGCGUCACCACCGGAAAGGUGUAGGCGGGAGCACCCGCGCCGUGCUGCACCGCCCGUCCGCUCCGGGCCCCAGUUGUCUGGCGGCCGUAGCUCUGGUCCGUCGGUUGGACCUUCAAGGUUGCACUCUUAUUCGCCUGCUCUGCACUGCCUUUCACCCCUAUAUACUUUUCCUGGAUCCGCCACCGCCCACCCUUCCGUCGUUUUGCCCUUCCGUUUCACUUACUGGAGCACACUGCCUCGAAUGAGGAGGUUAUUUCUGGCGUGCUGCCGCUACCUGCAGUUCACAUCUGUCCCUGAUGCUAUCAGAGCUACUUCACCUGUUAACAAUGUCUACGGGUCAUGGAGGAGGUAUAUCUUCACAAACGCUGAUAAGGUUCUACCAUGGGAGGCGCCAUCCCGUGAAAUUCUGUUGAGGAAGAUAAAUUGUGCUAUGAAGGAUGGGAAUGUUGAAGAGGCGCUGCAAUCUUUGAGCAAUUACAAGAAGCUUCACGGUCUUCCUGAGCCGCGGGUACUGAAUAGUAUAAUUGUGUCGCUGUCCUACAUGUCUAGUAGGAGGUGGCUUCAGAGGGCAUUUGACAUGGUUCUCUCAGUUUAUCAAAUUAAUAGAAAUCUUCUCAAUUGUGGCUCACUGAUGAGGCUAGCAUUGGCGCUCGCAAGAGAUCAGAUGCCUAUCCCGGCCUCCACAGUCCUGAGGAUAAUACUAGAGAGUAGAAAGCUUCCCGAUGUUGAUAUGCUGACCAUGUCGUUUCUGCAUAUGUUGAAGUCACAGGUAGGCUCCUACCUUGCCACUGAUGUUCUGAUUGAGACUUGCGAGAGCUUUUUGGACCAAGUUACAGAUAGGCGGGAGAUGAAAAAACUGGACCCAAUAAAAAACAAUGCCACCUUGUUCAAUAUGGUUUUGGAGUCAUGUGUGACCUUUAAAUGCAUUAUCAAGGCCCAGAAAAUAAUGGAACUGAUGUCAUUGAUCGGAGUUGUGGCCGAUGUAAAUACAGUGGUGAUGGCUAGCCGUGUCUUUGAGAUGGUUGGGCAACGGGAUGAGUUGAUACAUAUGAAAAGAAGCAUCGAUUCUUUAACAUCUUUGACAUUUCUUCAGUACUACCUGCAUUUUUAUGACAGUCUAUUGAGCCUCCAUUUCAAAUAUAAUGACAUGGAUGCUGCUGCAAAGUUUUUAAUCGAUCUGCAUCAGCAACCAAAGCCUGGUGUUUUAUUUUGCAAUGGUUUGCAGAAACAAAGUAUCAUACAAAUUGGCUCUGGCAAUCUGAAAAGCGGAUAUAAAAUAAUGUUUGAUCCCAAAAAAGUUGACAGGGGUUUUGUGUUGGGUACAGAAAGCCAAUUCGGCCUUGUUGUUCUUACUGAUGGAAACCUUCUUCAUACUGAAAAGGCUCUUGCUAAACUUAUCAUAGGCUGUGUGAAAUCAAGAAAUAUGCAUAUACUGUCUAACUUUUUUAUUAUGUCAUGUCAAUAUGGUCUAGAGCUAAUUUCUCCUCAAGAUGUGGUUACUGCUUGCAUUCAAAUGGGAUGGUUGCAUGCUGCUCAUGAUAUCAUAGAUAACUUGGAGUCAGCCGGGAUUCCAGUUGGGAUUACUGGUUACGUUUCUCUUCUGAGAGCAUAUGAGAAGGAGAAUAAGUCAGAAGAAGUCAAUGGCCUUCUUCAACAGAUACAAAAGAUGGCAUCUACCAUGGAUGAUGUUCAUACUGAUUCACCAUUUACUAUCAAUAAUAUUGCCGAAGUAGUGAAAUAUGAAAUGUCCUUCAGUAGUUCAUCUUUGGUUGCUGCUUUGGCUGAUGAAAUUAAACAUUACAACCCUGGAGAGCACUUGGCAUUAGAGCUCAAUAAUUCGGUUCUUUUCUUCUGCAAGGCAAAAAUGAUGGAAGAUGCUCUUUGCACAUAUAAGUGUAUGAGAGAGCAAAAUAUCAGACCCACAUCUCAUACUUUUUGUCAUAUGUUGUGUGGUUAUUCUUCAAUGGACAUGCAUAGGGAGAUCACCAUGUUGUGGGGAGAAAUAAAGCGCAGACAUGAAUAUGGAGAGCUAGAUUUGGAUAGGGACUUGCUUGAUAGCUUGGUUUUGAAUUUUCUUAAAGGUGGAUAUUUUUCGAGGGUGAUGGAGAUCAUUAGUUACAUGUCAAAACAUAACAUUUACUGUGACAAGUGGAAAUACAGGCGUGCCUUCCUGAAGCUACACAAGAACCUGUAUAGGAAUUUGGAUUCAUUGCAUGACAAAACAGAAGCUCAAAGUAAAAGGAUUGAAGAUGUCCGAGCUUUCAGGUUGUGGGCAAGCAUUAAGUAGGGACAGCGACCAAUUUGAUCCCUCUCAUUUUCAAAUUGGGUAAAGACACCCCUUUGAUGACUUGUAGUGCGGUGCCAAGCAAGCCUGCCUUGUUGCCACCUCAAGGAUUACUCCUGGCUUGUUGCCCUGAAGCCUCCCUUGAGGGAAAAAGGCAAAGAGGCAUCGAUGGUGUUCGCAGCACCUGCAGCGGGGGAAGAGGGUUGAGGCUGUGGAGAGCUUUGGGGAGCUCAGCCUUAGGGAGGUGGUGAUGUUUGCGCUGGGAGAGGUGGGCCUCUCCAAGCAGACGGAGAUCCAGUUGGUUGACGUGACCAGCGGCGUGUUCGGCUCCCACACCGGCUCUAGAAAGACGUUCUUCUACUUGCUCCUUGUUUAUUGUUCAGGUAUGAAACCGGAGACCAUGUUGGUGUAUAUGCAGAAAAUUCUGUUGAGACUGUGGAGGAGGCUGAUGUGAUGGCCCCUGGCCACCGGCGUGCGCAGAUGCCGGGACGUGAGCUCUGAUCACCACCAGGACUUGGCAAACGAAGCAAGUAUGAGGCAAUUUUCUUCUAUUAAUAUUUCAAUGCUUCUCUCUCAAGUCUAUUACAUACUUAUAUGGCAUCCCAGAUAGGCCGGCCCAACACCAUCACUCACACAAGUCCAACACAGCCCACACGAUUUACAACAAAAAAAGAAACACACACCUAAUAUCGCACGACAAUGGCUCCUCUUCAGACUUCAGCUUCUACUACCUCUGUCACUGCUUCAUCAGGUGUGACAUCUGCCCCCCCUGCAGAGCUUGCUUGACCCCAAGCAAGGGCAUGUGGUUAGCGAUGGUGAAGCACAUGGUAGUCCUCCUAGGUAGCUGCAUCCUGCGGAAUGAGACUCCACCUGAACAGCACUUGUGGAACUGUACAAUUGCCCUUUUUCACCGAUCUGCGGUCCAAAAUUUCAGAGGCAGCACAUCCUGAGCAGACUGAGGCAAAUCCAAACGUAUGCAACUUCUCCCACAUGCUCCACAAUCUUGUAAGGCCAAAAAAAAAAGAACACAAGCUUUGGACACAGUCGAGUGACCACUGUAUGUUGCGCGUACGUUUGGAGCUUGAGCAACACUUGAAACUGGCGUUCAGUUCGGUGACGAUCAGCCUUCAACUUCAUUCUGUUUUGAGCUGUUGCCAACUGCUCCCUUAACAUUGAUGUGAACCGAGCCCCUUCCAAAUGUUCCCCAACUGCUGAGUCAUACAAGACUGAAAUCAGCUUAGUUCUAAGUGCUGAGGUGCUGCCCACCCAGAUUUGGUGAUGUAUCCAAAUAGCACCCUGUUGAACUGAGAAACGUGCUGCAUCUUGACUGUGAAUAGCUAGUUUUUGCAAAAAAUUCUGAGCAGCAGAAACUGUCACAUAGGAAUUAUGUACUUCCAGGAUCCAAAUUAGUUGGACAACACCAGUGAAUUUCUUGUUUUGCACAUUCAACUUUUGCUCAUCCACUUAGUGCUCAUUUUCCCAUGGAUCAUAACCGGCGCCGUGAAGUAGCAACCGUGGCGAGGGUUAGCAGCAGACAUCAUGUUUGUGGAGUCACACUCUAUUGGAUUACAGAACUGCUUGGUACCUCGUGAGAUGAGUUGAAAAAAAUGGAAAUGCGAAAAGGAAAUCAGAUUAACAGCAGGCUUCUGAAAAUCAGAAUUCCGCUGUCCCAAUAAAGGAAGGCAGCACACCACACCACUCAUGGUUGCAGAAAUAAGAUGGUUGAGAACACCAAAAAAUGGUGUGGCAAGCUUGAGUGUGUCAUUGUUGAACAAUAUGCGCUCCUCGACACCCUCAAUGAGCUGCUGAGCCCUGACCAGUGGCUCUUUAAACAUGGAACUGGCAGCAGUCAUAUGUUGAGUCCAAGCAACCAUCCUUGGAUCUCUAUUCCCCUUGAGCACUAUGGCUGCCCACACCAAGGUUUCAUACCCAUAGAACACAUUAAAAGAGAAACAACCGAGUGAAGAAUACUGUGAGGCUGAGAACACAGUCCCAUAUGGACUGUGAAUGAUCACUAUUGGCAACAUAUCCUGAGCAUAAAAAUCAGUCACAACAGAGCUGGGUAGUUGGACAGCAAGGACACCAUUCCUAGCCAUAAGUGAACCCACUGGUGAGAAUGUAUCAUCCACUAUAUUCUCUUUGCCUUUAUUGUACACCAUUCUGAACUGUAAUCCCCUUAAUUUGUUCAUGGAUUUUCUUUGAACGUUUGGCUGUGACGGAACUGCCAUAUCACUGUUUCCUUGGCUAAAAGCCUUGAGCCACCAUUGUGUCAGUCCAGUUAUUCCAUAUCGAACACUGUCUUUGUUCUGCCUGGCACAUUGAUCAUGAACAUCGUAUAGAAAUGCUGCUAGAAUCUUGCUUCCAAUGCCAACAAAUGAUGUAGUCAAGACUGAGGCUCGGUGUAUAACUCUCAUACUUGAGUUAAAGAGGAUUCUCACACCAUCACACUCAGGAAUAUGUUUUGUGGGUUCACCAUACUUGUAUUGAACAAGACCUCCAUAUGGACCAAUCAUCAACAGCACUUCAGGCCAGUAGAUGGAUACACUAUCGAGUCUACUCCAAACUAUUUGCUCUAAUGACAACACCGAGUCUGCAAGAAGCUUGCCAAUGAUUGCAACUGCCAUCUUCUGUCCAAGUCCAAUCUCCAGCUCUUCACCGGUCCUCUCUUCUGUAGGGUAAGCCGUAACUACGAGCUUUAAAAGGCUAAAAGAAUUUGACCGAGCAGGGCUGAAAUCAUGCUGCAAAUAAGGGUCUGAUGAACCAAAUACUUUCUCCUCCCCCUCAUCAUCUUCAUCUUCAUCAGCAUCAGAUUCAUCAAAUAUGAUCUGCCCAACCCUGCUACUGAUGAACUCUCGAGAGAUACUACCAUUAGAGAAGCAUUCUGCCAACUCCUUCAAGAUCUGCUUCACAGCCUCAGAGCUCCCUGCACCAUUAAAUUCAGCGGUUGAUUCCAAAGCCAAAACUUGGGAGAAAAUACCGCCAGCUCCAAUAACAUCAGCAUUUUCAGCCGCUGUGCCAACCUCUUCCACUUUACUAACAGCAGCCUGAUCUUCAGCAUUCUGCUCCUUCUCCAGGCUAUCCUCUAGCACACUGUCAGCCCUAGCAGGAAGAAGCUCCUCCAUGCUUCCACCAUUCUUAACCACCGCAGUUGCCUCACUCGGUGAGUCAGGCCUACUAGCUUCAUCUUCAACAUAAGCAUCCUUGCUAGCCGAUUCUUCUAAAUCUUCUCCACCUCGAGCAAGCUGCUUCAAUAAACCUUCAUGCAUGUGAGUUUCAGAUUGCAUCUCCUCAUCCCAUGCCACUUUUAGACCCACUAGUUCACUGAACACCAAGGAAUCUGAAUCUUCAGGGAACAGGACAACCACCGCCUCACUGCUGUUGUGAGGCAUUUCAUCAAACACCAGAGGGGCCAUACCUCCAACACCCGGUGCAGCAAGCCCAUACUGACAUCCUCGUUCACCAGACCGUGGAUCCAACCAACCCUGUUUUCAGGCCACAUCUCCAUAUCCCUAGCCUUGGUUUCCUUCAUUUGACGUGCCAACACAGUCCAUUCGGUUGCCACCUCUGCUGCUAACCUCGACUGAAUCGGGAUUGUUUGCUGGACGUCAUCCACCACUUCCGACUUCUGAAUCAAACGAUCCAACCGGUUCAUCACCCUAUCCCAACGCCCUGCAUCCUCCUUCCUCCACUCUUCCAUCGCGAACAGAAUGAAUCGAGUUGGUUGUUUGUACCUCGCACACCUCCUGUCAAGGACCGCCCUGGUCCUGUUCCGAUCCCGACUGCAGGAGGAGUUCCGUGUCGAGAAGCACAACCGCGUCAUGGGAUGAUGUCGACGCGAGGUAGACGAGUAAGCUGGGGAGGAGGGGAAACGCCGAUGAAGAACCGAAGACGUUGGAGCCGACGGAGAAGAAACGCUUGCACCGCGAGAACCUAGGUCGCUGGAACGGAAUCGCCGCCAAAGAGGACACGACCCUCAGGCGCCCCACCGAGGAUCAGAGAGCUUUGAUACCACUGUGAUGGCCCCUAGCCACCGGCGUGCGCAGAUGCUGGGACGUGAGCUCUGAUCGCCGCCAGGACUUGGCAAACGAAGCAGGUAUGAGGCAAUUUUCUUCUAUUAAUAUUUCGAUGCUUCUCUCUCAAGUCUAUUACAUACUUAUAUGGCAUCCCAGAUAGGCCUGCCCAACACCAUCACUCACACAAGUCCAACACAGCCCACACGAUUUACAACAAAAAAAGAAACACACACUUAAUAUCGCACGACAAUGGCUCCUCUUCAGACUUCAGCUUCUACUACCUCUGUCACUGCUUCAUCAGGUGUGACAGCUGAAAGCCUACUUGACCUUUCUCCAGAUACAGUCUUCUCCAUCCAUGCAGAUGCAGAAGAUGGGUCUCCUCGUAAAGGAGGAGGUUCCUUGGCCCCACCUUUCCCAUCUCCAUGUACUUUGCGGACUACGCUUCUACGAUAUGCUGAUCUACUCAAUCCACCGAAGAAGGCUGCUUUGCUUGCUUUAGCUUCUCAUGCAUCUGAUCCAGCUGAAGCUGAACGACUUAGGUUCUUGGCCUCUCCUGCUGGAAAGGAUGAAUAUUCUCAAUGGAUAACUGCUAGUCAGAGGAGUCUUCUUGAAGUUAUGGCUGCAUUCCCUUCAGCUAAGCCACCACUGGGAGUGUUUUUCGCAGCAAUAGCUCCUCGUCUGCAACCACGAUACUACUCAAUUUCAUCAUCUCCAAAGAUGGCUCCCUCCAGAAUUCGUGUAACAUGUGCAUUAGUUUUUGGGCCUUCACCAACAGGAAGGAUCCACCAAGGAGUUUGUUCAACAUGGAUGAAGAAUACAAUUCCUCUGGAACAUAGCGAAGAAUGCAGCUGAGCUCCCAUAUUUGUGAGGCAGUCAAAUUUCAAGUUACCUGCUGACCCAUCCACUCCGAUUAUCAUGAUUGGUCCUGGGACAGGGCUGGCUCCUUUUAGAGGUUUCUUGCAGGAAAGGUUAGCACUGAAACAAUCUGGAGCAGAACUGGGCACUUCAAUCCUUUUCUUUGGAUGCAGGAACCGUAAUAUGGACUACAUAUAUGAAGAUGAGCUGCAAACUUUCCUUGAGGCGGGGGCGCUUUCUGAGCUAAUUGUUGCAUUCUCUCAAGAAGGGCCAACGAAAGAAUAUGUGCAGCAUAAGAUGGUGGAGAAGGUCAGCAUAAAAUUGUGUAUCCCUAACAAGUUUGUAGCAAAGGGGGUACAUAAUUACAGUUUGAGAUGAGGACAUCAUUUAUACUGUUUGAGACGAGGACAUUAUGUAUAUACUUGGUACAUUAGAAGGCCACCGAAAACAAAUUUUGCAUCUGGUUUUUGAAAGCAUGUAAUCCUAUCAACUAUCGUGCUGUCUGCAAUGUUGGGUUGGAAGGUGCAGUUGGCAAUCUACAUUUUGUA